UGUCUCGCGUUCGCUUACCCAGUCGACGACGACGCUCGCUCGCUGCCGCCAGCAGCACGACAAACGCUCUCAAAACGUUUUCAUACGUAAUUAAUUACUAAUUCAACAUUUUAAAUUCGAAAUUCGUCGGGUUUUUUUUUUCAUUCUCUUUAAAUUAUUUUUUUAAAAUGGCUGUUGGAGUUAUACAUAACCUAAUCCCGCACAAAGUGAUGUGUACAUUUUGGAUGGUGUUGUUUGCUACACACGUGCACGUCAACGGUUAUCGCACGCAUUGGUGGAAGCCGGACAAUCAUAAUUACAAUCACAAUCAAAUCGGGCAGUAUCAGGAUGGUGGCGAUAGUUAUCAUCCACCGCCUGACCACGGGCACGCUUACGUGCACGACUCGAGGAUACCGAAGGACAUCAUGGUGGACGUUAUUAAUAAUAUGGGAUUAGCGCUGCUGGAAGCUCACAAUGAACACAAUGAAAACAACAUUGCCAUAUCACCCUACGGAGCAACAAGCGUCCUCAUCGCAAUAUUAGAAGGUUUGGCCGGUGAAGCGGCCUACGAAAUCAAAAUAGCCACACAACUGCCACCAGAUUUGUCCGUCGUACGCAUCGGAUUACGAGACAUUCACCGCCAUCUCAAGAGUUAUUUCAUACCGAAAGAAGGUUUCCUCGCUGGCCUAACCCUGAGUCACGACAACAUCACGCUCAAUCGCGAAUACCAAAGCAUCCUGAAGUUCUACGGAUACGACAUCGACUCGUUCAACAAUCCGGUGUAUCCUGAUAUCUACGACUCCACUACCAGUCGCAGGCCGGCAGUCACCAUGACCACAGGAAAGAUGAAACCAACAACGACAAUGACGCCGUCGGAUAUGACUACAACUACAGAACUACCGGAAACGACGACCUUGGAAUCGAUCAGUACUAUUAUCGAUAAGCUCACCAGUACACUGCCUAUGGACGGUGAUGUUACAGAAAGUACAACAACUGGUACCACCACAACUGAAAGUGUUACUAGUACAAAAAGACCCAAAACUACUAGAAAGAAAAGACCAAGAACUACCACUGAAAUGCCUUCUACUACACUAUUACCAUCGCCUAAUGAUGAAGAUGUAGAAGGUACCACUACGAAAAAAUUACCAACAAGAAGUUAUACAACCGAAGCGAUUGAUGUUACUGAUCCAGAAGGACGUACAGAAACAUUUUAUUCUAUGACCACAACGCUUAAAAGUGCUGAGAGUGAAGACCGGUCAGAAAUACCAACAGAAACUGAUGUGGUCACAGAUACCACGUUGACUUCCAUAACCAAAGAGGAAUUUAAAAGUACCUCGGCAAGUUAUGAAAGUGAAAGUGAUGAUGAGCCUGGUUUUCGUACCGAGGAAGAGUUUGAUUUUAGUACAAUCAGAAUACCAACAAGUCCUGAUGGUGUCACUGCCAUAUCAUCGUUUAAAACAACCAAAGGGACAUUUUUGAAGCUACAACAUAUUUACCAAGUAGAACUAGUACAAGUGGUACCACAACUGGUGUACCUUCAAUCACGGAAUUCGGAACUUAACCAGAAACUCACAAAAACAGAAACAUCUUCAACUAUAACCACCACAAACACUCCAGUUUCAGAAAUUACUUUCACAACAACAGAACCAAUGACAGCUUAUACUCAAACACAAAAUACUGAAGCCACAAGCCUCGAGGAUAAAAUCCUAGGUGAAAGAACUUUUCCUGGUAAACCCCAAAACACCUCAUCGUUUAAAAUAGCAGCAAAAAUAAUAACCACAGAAAAACAAACGCGAAAGAAACGUAGUGUUAUUGAUUAUCUCAUUGCAAGAUACUACGAUGAUUAUUACAUCAAUAAUAAUCGACGUUAUCUUCCAAUGAGCACACCAAAGACACAUUAUUCCAAUUAUCAACCUGAGGAACCAUACACGUUCCUGGUAAACGGUAAACAUAAAGAGACGAAUAUAAGUUUCAUGACUUACGAUACAAUCCUGCCGUUCUAUUACAUCCGCUCGUUGGACGCGAUGGCGUUGAGUUUUCCACUCGACAGCAAUAUGUAUUAUUUACUGCUGGUGCUACCGCUGGAUCCGCAUGGCAUUGAUAAGCUCGUCUAUGAAAUGAGGAAGGCCACGAGCUUACGCAACAUUGUUGAGAAGCUGCAGUAUACGCACGUCAAGGCUGUUAUUCCAAGUUUUAUGUUGAAGGGUUACGUUGUUUUAACGCCAACUCUACAAAAGUUGUGUAUACGGAAAAUCUUUGAACCACGCCAUGCGAAUUUUUCGCCGAUGACGCCGGAGCGAAAUUUGUACGUGACGAACAUCGAACAGGCGGUGACUGUAACGAUACGAAAUUACGUCGAUCCUGCCAGCCACUCGGCACGAAAUUUGGACCAUUAUCGACCAACAGAGUUUCGUGCUGAUCAUCCUUUUCUUUACUUCGUCAUGGAUAGCCAGAUACACGUGAAUUUAAUGGCGGGUAAAAUAAUAAAUCCGCUGAAUUCACGAAUCAGAUAAACAUUUGUGUAUAAAACGAUUGAUACUAAAGCAAUGAUGUGAAUAAUAUUUAAGUUUAGUUAAGAUUGCAAUAUGUAUUAAACUGUCAUUAAAUUAUUUUAAGUA